AUGUUGAAACUAAUCCUAUCGAUUUAUUUUUCAUUAUCUAGCUGUUAUUGCAAAAAUCCGUAGGUUCAAUUAUCCAAUAACUGUUCAUUCUUAUUUCCAGAUUGGUUGAAAAAUUAGUAGAUUAUUCAAAUAAUUUACAAGGUUUUCUAGUUCAUCCUGUGUAAGUUUUUAGUUUCACCGAAUGAAAUAUUUUUGAGAAAUUUUCAGAAUACAAAAACAAAUUCCAAAACGUCCGGCAAUCAUAAUUUUUCAUGCGUUUACUGGUCGAACAGAAUUUGAAAAUGAGAAAGCGAGAAGUCUUGCAAAGUUAGGAUAUGUUGCAUUUGCAGCAGAUACGUAUGGAAAAACUGGAUCAACGGAAACGAUUGAAGGAAAUUUCGAAAUUAUGAAACAUAUCUUAGGAAAUCGGUUUGUUCCAGACUUAUUUUUUUUCAAAUGAAUUCAAUGCAAUUUUUACAGAACAACGAUUCUUCGAGAAAGAAUAUUAGCAGCUUGGACAUUUAUUAAUUCUCUAGAUUUUGUUGAUUCAAAUAGAAUCGGAAGUAUUGGUUAUUGUUAUGGUGGAUUAUGUAGUUUGGAUUUGGCAAGAUUUGAAAUUGGAUUGAAAGCGGCAGUGUCAUUUCACGGAACGCUAUUAAAAUAUCCAGAAGAAUCUGAGAAUCUGAAAAAUAUAUCUUGUGCGAUUCAAGCACAUCAUGGAGAUCUGGAUAUUCAUACAAAUAAUGAAGAGGUACACACUUUUACAUUAUUUUUUGAUCGGUGAAACACUUGAAAAUACUACAGUAUUCUCAUAGAAAAAAAAAUAAAUUUAAGGCUUCGAAUUUCAUUGAAGAGAUGCGAAAUCGAUCGAUGGAUUGGCAAUUUUUGAGAUAUUCAAAUGCUGAACACGCAUUUACACUUUUCGGAGUUGAUGAUUUCAAAAUUCCCGGAGCAAGUUAUAAUGAGAAAGCAUCAAAUAGAUCAUGGAGUUAUAUGCAAGUAUUUCUUGCUGAAAAAUUACUGUAA